AUGCUGAAUGAAAACAGUGAGAGCUUGGAAGGAUUCGAGUGCCCGCGGAACAGUUCGAGAUCUCCGCCACUCAUUCAUCUAAUACAAGAUGAGAGCAUGGCGUCCGCUUGGCCGCGCCCGUCCAGCGCCCCCCUGCCCAUGGUGUAUCGGCGCUUCAAGGGGCCACGCCCCAUGCCCGACGGCCGCACGCCCAACUUCUGGAUCCAGGACAUCACGCCCGACCAGGACGAGCAGAUCGUCGACUUCAUGAGCGACGGCUUCCUCAAGGAGGAGUUCAUGUGCUCCCGGUCGGGGCUGCCCGAGGACCCCGUGUCGCUGCAAGAAAUCCGCGACGAGUGGCGCCAGCGACUGAAGCACCGCGCGGGGCUCGUGGCGCUCACGGACUGGCCCGACGGGCCCCACAACCCGCGAAUCGCCGGCUGCAACGUCACCUACAUCACCAGACGCGGCGAUCCCCUGAUAAAA